GAUGUAUUUGUACCAGAUGACGGCCGAGGAUGGAGGCAGUUUUAGCCAAGUAUGAGAAUCAAAUCAACGUGUUCCUGGAAGACCUGCCAGAUACAGACGAGCCAGUAUGGAUCCUGGGAGCAUGUUACAAUGUGAAAACAAAGAAAUCCGAGCUGCUGUCGGAUGUGCGAUCGCGGCUGUGGUUCACUUAUAGAAAAAAGUUUUCCCCUAUAGGAGGAACAGGUCCUUCAUCAGAUGCCGGCUGGGGCUGCAUGCUCCGCUGUGGGCAGAUGAUCCUUGCACAGGCUCUGAUCUGCAGUCAUCUCGGCCGGGAUUGGAGGUGGGAUCCAGAGAAGCAUCAGCCCAAAGAGUAUCAGCGUAUCUUAGACUGCUUUCUGGAUAAGAAGGACAGCUGCUACUCUAUACAUCAGAUGGCUCAGAUGGGUGUUGGAGAAGGCAAGUCUGUUGGAGAAUGGUAUGGACCCAACACAGUGGCGCAAGUACUCAAAAAACUGGCCCUGUUUGAUGACUGGAAUUCCCUAUCUGUGUACGUGUCAAUGGACAACACGGUGGUUAUCGAAGACAUCAAGAAGCUGUGUGUCCGAGCAGAUCUCCAGCUUCAGUCUCAGCAGCCCCUGGACUGGAGGCCCCUGCUGCUGGUCAUCCCUCUGCGGAUGGGGAUUAACAGCAUCAACCCUGUGUACAUACAGGCCUUAAAGGAGUGUUUUAAGAUGCCUCAGUCAUGCGGUGUUCUGGGGGGAAAGCCAAACCUGGCCUAUUAUUUCAUUGGGUUUAUUGAUGACGAGUUGAUUUAUCUGGAUCCUCACACGACGCAGCAGGCCGUGGACACUGAAUCAGGCAGUGCCGUGGACGAUCAGAGUUUUCACUGUCAGAGGACCCCUCACCGCAUGAAGAUCACCAGUUUGGAUCCUUCUGUCGCUCUGGGUUUUUUCUGCAAGAGCGAGGAGGACUUUGACAGCUGGUGUGAUCUGGUUCAGCAGGAGCUCCUCAAGAAGAGAAACUUGCGGAUGUUCGAGCUGGUAGAGAAGCAUCCCUCCCAUUGGCCUCCGUUUGUUCCUCCGACCAAACCAGAGGUGCAGACCACAGGAGCAGAGUUCAUCGAGUCCCCAGACAAGCUGUCUGAAUCCGAAGAGGAGUUUGAGAUCCUAAACGCGUGAUGAAGAGGUUUCUUUAGCAAAAACACAAACGGUAGCAACACGACAAACAAACGCUGUUCUUCUAUCUGUGGAAAAAAAAAAA